AUGUCUUCCUCUACAGUAACCCCUGGGAAACACACAGCAAUCUUGAACGGCCUGAAAAUCCACUACACCAUCCUCGCCGACUCCCCAGACCUCCCACCCAUCCUCGUGCACCCACCGCCCUGGGGCAUCGGCGCCGAACUAUACAUCAACACCUUCGCACGCCUCGCCUCGAAAUACACCGUGAUCAUCCCCUCUCCCCGCGGGAACGACGACUCCGACCGCCCAGCCUGGGCCGAAGAGAUGUCGUCCCGCCAUAUCGUCUCGGACCUCGAAGCCCUGCGCGCCCAUCUCGGCCUGGACAAGUUCCCCGCCCUGAUGGGCCACUCCGCCGGCGGCACCAUCGUGUUAGGGUAUGCGAUCGCCUACCCCACGCGCGUCGAGCGCCUCGUCCUGCUAAACUCCGACCUCCUCGGCUUCCCGCGGACGGACGUAUCCUUCUUCCACGAAGUCCUAGGCCACUUCGCUGCCAAUCCGCCGACCACAGAUGAGGCCUUCCGCGCCUUCAUGCUCCAAAUCAUGCCCUUGUACUUCGCACACCCGGAGCGUGGAGGCGGCCUCGAGAGACUCGCGAGCCUCUGGACGGGGAAUCCCUCCCUGUGGGCUUACGGGGCGUAUUAUGCGGCGGAUUCGGCAUCCCAGCCAGGCGAAGGCGCUCCUGGGGAUGGGAAUGCCAGGUGGAAGCAGGUUGAUGAGUUGGGCAAUGUGGCCGCCGCGACGCUGGUGCUCACAGGGCGAGGGGACAGAGUGGCGGGGCCGGAGGUGAGUGCGCGAAUUGCGGCAGGGGUGUCCCGGUCCAGGUUGGUCGUUGUAGAGGAGUGUGGGCAUAUGAGUUGGGUGGAGAGGCCGGGGGAGGUUUGGGCUGUCGUGGAUGAGUUUUUGGCGCAGGGGGUGUAG